CGCCGUCCCCCCAAUCCAAUCCACAGGUAUUUUCUCAUCUUCAACCCUUAUCUUCGUCUUGAUUUGAUCCCCAAAUUUUAUAUUAAUUUUUGUUCUGUUAUCAUCAAUAAAUGUUUGGAUCUUUGGUAAUCCUCAAUUCUUACUCUUCAGAUUCGACCUUUAUUCUCGAGGUUGCGUAUGAAACUCCGGUUUUCAGAUCUUAAGUAUUUGCUCUGUCUAAUCUUUAGUUAUUCUGUAUAAUCUUCGUAUUUGUUCCGCCAUUAAAAGAAGAAAAGAAACUCACCCCAUUGAGACACUAACAUUUUGGAAAUGGAGCUGAGUACCAUUAAGGAUGCUUUUGAUAGGGUGGCAAAGAAGCAAAAACUCUCCUCUUCCAAAUCUCAAGAAAUAGUAACACAAAUUGGGCAAGAAAUAGAACAAGCCGUAGCAAGCAUUCAAGGGGAGACAUCCCUCAGUAAUCACAAGCUUAUUCUGGCAGAGCUGAAGGCCAAGUUGAAGGAAAUCGCACCUCUAAACCAGCUCGAAGGUGCAUCAAAAGAACUAAACAUUGCAUUAAGCAAGUACACGAAGAUCCUUGAGAAGUUCUUUAACCCCGACAUCUCAAAGGCCUACAGAAAUGUUGACUUUGACAUCCAUACCCUCAACCAGAUAAUUGCCAGCCAUUUUUAUCAGGAGGGCAUGUUUGACAUUGGGGAUUGCUUCGUGAAUGAAUCCAGGGAAGAAUCAAAUGCUUCGGUAGAUAAAACUCCAUACCUAGAGAUGUAUCAGAUUCUAGAAGCCUUGAGGCUCCGGAACCUCCAACCAGCUUUGAACUGGGCUGCCACUAACCGUGAAAAACUCAAACUUUGUGGGGCCGACAUUGAGAUGAAACUUCACUGCUGGAAUUUCGUUGAAAUAGUAAAAAGCAAAGGCAAAGACGAGGCCCUAAAAUACGCUCAAAACUUCUUCCCGCCCUUUUGUGCCAAUCAUUUAGCUGAAAUCCAGAAGUUCAUGGGAUAUCUUGUAUAUGCCGAGAGACUCGAUUCCUCACCAUACUCUGAUCUCUUAUCCCCAAAGCAUUGGGAGAAUCUGGCCGAGGAUCUCAAAAGACAGUUCUGCAAUCUACUUGGUCAUCCCUAUGAGAGUCCAUUAAGGGUGACAAUUGGAGCUGGGGUCCAGGGAUUGCCAACCCUCCUAAAACUGAUGAAUGUUAUGAUGGCAAAGCAGGAAUGGCAGUCCAUGAAGGAGUUGCCGGUACACGUGGACCUGGACAGAGAGUUCCAGUUUCACUCUUUCUUUGUGUGUCCGGUGAGCCGUGAACAGGCGACCGAAGAGAAUCCGCCUAUGUUGUUGUCGUGUGGGCACGUGUUGUGCAGGCAAUCCAUAACAAAACUGUCCAAAAACAAUAGCUCCAGGCCGUUCAAGUGUCCUUACUGCCCCACAGAGGUUGAACUGGUUCUCUGUAAGCCAUUGUAUUUCUGAUAUGGUUUGUAGUGCUCUUUGCAUGAGCUCCAUCUUUGUGUAUUCUUCUACUUGUGACCACCCCACUACAUUUCCAUUUGCUUUCUCUCUCGCUCCCAUUCUGUAUACUUAUCGAGUGUGGGUCAAGUAUUAAGCUGCUAAACCUCUUUCAUAACAUCUCUAUGUUUUUCUAACCCCUAGUAAACUCCCCAGCCCAAUUCGAACCCACUCCCCUACCCCCAUCAAUUGGACCCACCGUCAUUGGAGUCAAACUUUUGGCCAUAAGUCGACUAAACUUGGGGAGUCUAA